UCUCGUACUUCAGCGAUGAAAUGGUUAGGGGAUCGAAUCAAAACAGAUGGCAGCUCUAGUGCAAGUAUGUGGGAGGUUUACUGACAAGCAAGGUUUCGAUACCUGUUUUAAUGAAACGUAAACGAUAAAAAUGUGUUCUUGAGUGAAAUGAGCUGAUUGCCCACUGAUGGAAUAGUUAUGAAUCUAAUACCUUGCAACGCGUGCUGCUUGGACUUUGAUCUGCAAUAGUAGUGGGAGUUGGUGGGUUGCUGCGUCAGUGUAAUGGUUAGAGCAUGCAAGAAGUCGGUGGAAGUAUGAUGAAGAAUCUGAAAUGAAUCUAAAAGAGAGCUGGAACAUGCUGUCGACUUCAUAGUAUUCGUGAUUGAAGUUACAGCGGCAAGUGUAUGUAGUAGUGUGCUCAACAUGGCUUCAUCGAACAGAGGAAUAGGAUUGCAGAUAGGUUCGGCUUGGUUUCAGAGAAAAAUUAAUCUCAGGCCACAACAUAGAGGUGUACAUCUAGUGACGGAAGAAAUUUUAAGGCAAAUGCCAGAAAUAUGUCAAUUCUCAGUUGGACUGUUUCAUGUACAGAUUCUUCAUACAUCAGCUAGCUUAGCUCUUAAUGAAAGUUGGGACCCUGAUGUAAGGGAUGACAUGGAAAUGAUGCUGAAUAAAAUUGUGCCUGAGGGUUUGCCUUAUAGACAUUCCUGUGAAGGGCCCGACGACAUGCCAGCUCAUGUAAAAGCUUGCUUCCUUGGCUCUUCACUUACAAUACCAAUAACGGAUGGUAAAUUAAAUCUUGGUACAUGGCAGGGUAUCUGGCUGUGUGAACACCGAGACCAUGCAGGCUCUCGCAAAGUGGUAAUUACAGUUAAUGGUUGCCUCAGAGACUCGAGUCGAAGCCCAUUGAGCCCCGUUUCACCGAUAGCAUCUACAAGUAGUUAAGGGUUCAGGGAGAAGUAUAUGAUGUGUGGGCCGUAGAUUUAACAUUCCAUACUACAGAAGUGAUUGAUAAUAAUUUCAUACAUCUUCAUUUAUAAUGAAGAGUGGUGUGAUGGGAAGUUUAGGUGAGACAACGAUGUUUCUUAGUUGCAAAACAUUGUUAACAGGGAAGCAAGAAGAAAGUUGAUAAUGGCACAAGUGCAAUUCUCUGAUAUGUUGUGUAAACAUAUGAAAAAGGCAGUUUUUGUGUGCUCAACUUGCUGCAACAUUUCAGUGAUCCUACGAAUGUCACCCAGUUAUCCCUCAGGGUACGAGUGUGUAAAAACACUACACUCACUUCGCCGAUGAAGUUGUGAAGUUGAGAAUAUUUAGUUAAGGAAACAGAGUUCAUUCCUUGUUGUGCAAGGAACACACAGCAGAUGGUAGUUUGGAAAGGAAAAAGAUUUGGCCUUUCACUGCCACAGCACAAGAAGUAUACUUUAUUUUGUGAAACACAAAUAACCACGUACGUGCUGUACCUGGGCUUUAUGAUAUGACAUGUACAGUUAUAUAGAAAUAAACAAACUGGUCACUUAUACAUACAUUAGUAUCCUUCCACAUAUUUGCAAGAAAAAACACACAAAUGUAAAAAAAAAAAAAAGUAAUCCCUAAAUGUUUUCUACACUUGAAUUAUGGUUUCCUGAGUAUUGCAUCAUACAUGAAAAUUUUAAUUAACAUUCCAUUUAUGAUUACUGUUCCUUGUUUUUGUGAAAUAAUUAUUUAAGACUUGUCCUUUAAGGGGCUUACGGUUUGGUAUUAUUGUUAUAAUUUGCUCACACUGCGGGUACUUUGAGUCUAAAAGCACAUGUGUGACUGAUGUUCGAGAGUGUUUCAUAUACAGGGUUUAGUUUGAUUAUUGUUAGCUUAUUAUAAACAAACGAAUGAUAAGAAAUUCCUUCGUACCUGAUACUUUAUCCCAACGAUGAGAAAUAGAUGUUUUGUAAUGUUUUUCCAAGUCAGAAUGUUGUUGACAUGUAUGUAAACCUUGUACACUCAAUAUUUUUUUAAAGGCCCAGGUGCCAGUGUGUGGAGGAUGUAAAACCUCAGUGUGAUGUCCCUACGUUUGGAGAACAGUGUGAGGAAAGUGUGGUAACUUCCAAUAAGCUAAAUAUUUUGUGACAGGUCCAUUGAAAAUCUUCACGUGUAUUAAUAUGUUACCUUGGUUUAUCUUGAUGGUGUAAUAUUUCUCCUAAAAAUUGUCACAUUUGCUUUUUUUUCUCUUGCAGUCAUGUCACAAAGUAGGAGUCUUCCACAUGAAUGUUAAUUAUGUGUAGGUUUUAUCAGGCUUGUAAAAGUUAAAUGAAAAUGCUCAUGACAUAUCGAAUUUUACUUCAGAAUUGGAAAUUUCUGUCUGUGCAUUUCAUUGUCACAUGGUAGAGCAAGCACAUCAGUAUCAAUGCUAGAAAGCUGUGUGUAUUGGUACAAUAUUACUGAUGUGUACAGAGUUUUGUUAAUGUUAUCUGAGAGAUGUAAGUCUGUUGACUUUUUUUAGUAUAUGUGUAAGCACAGUUACACAUAGAAAUUUUCAGUGGUGUGAAAGUUGACUAACACAUGGACAGUUCCAUUGAGAUGUUGUCAUUCCUUUUGAUGUUCCUUUCUACUUAAAUGGCUGCACAUAAUAACAACCACAAAAAUGGGUGGUGAUGGAGGGAGCAGUGGAUAAUGCAGAGGCAUUGAUAUUGGAAAAUAAAAAUAGUUGGAGCAAUUAUAA